AUGGCGGCGGACGUGGUAAUAGAUCCGCAACCGGCCAAUUCUUGCUGCGCAGAGGUAGGCAGGCAAUGUGAUGGAUACUUUUUCUUGUCAUUUUCGUGAUUUCGAUUCAGGUUGGGUCGUUUUUUGCUUUUUGUGUGAUGAUUUCGUUUUGGUUGGGCGUUUGCGGGUGCUAACAGCUGAGGAAGAGGUACGUGAAGUUGGAGGAGAAGAGGAACGCCCUCCGGCAGGCUGUGAAGCUGCUCGAGAAUCAGACCAACAAGUUGCAGGAUGAGACAAUUGUUUUGAAAAGAGGUAAGUGCAUUUCAAAUCUCUGGCGUCCUUAUUUUGCAGCGGUCAGUUUUUAGACUCAGGUUCACCCGAUCUUAAAGCGAGAUGUUGAACAAGACAUAUCUAUGCGGGUUCGUCAGUGUACCAAUCGAUCACUCAAAUGGCCGUAUACUGGACUAAUGAAGCAUUCCAAUGGCUUAUAGAAACACAGAUCGGAUUUUGGCUGUUAGGGUUAAUAUUUUACAAUUGGAUAAUCUAUUUUGUUCGUCUUUAAUGCAACAACCGUAUCUAGCUCCAUAAGGACCUCAAAGAUGUGACUGAGUAAAGGCGAAGAAAGACAUGAUAACUAGAGAAAACCAUAAAUGAGGAGCCAAAUCGUCAAACAAGUACCUGUUAGCUUUAUAAUAUCACAAGAAGAAACCAGCCUAGGUUGUGCAUUCAUUCCUGUCUAUUUGAAGAUACGUAUUCCAUUUGGAAAAGCUCUCAUGUGCAAUGGCCACUCCAGGAUGAUUUAAAACUUUUUACUCGACCCAUAAGUUGGGGUUGCUCGAGUUGGUGGAACCGUUGGAUAAAUAAAUGAUUUGAUGCCUACCCAAUGCCAAUUUCAGCGUGCAAAGGUAAUCGUACUAUCCAUCUCCUUUAUGAAAAAGCUCUCAGGACAACAUUAGCCGUCUGUAGAAAUUUUCUUGGAUGCUCAGAAGACAUUUCCAUUGCUUCAAUAUAUUCUUGGAUGCUGUUGAUCCUUUAGGACUUGCCACAGCUCUGCCUCAUGAGUUCCUUUGCUGACUAAAGAACCACCGUGUGUUAGCUAGCACGUGUGAUCUCUUGGGCUUUUCCCCCUCCAAAUACGAACAUUUUACGUACUGGCAGUUGAGAAUAAUUUCCAAUUUACAAACCGAUGGUUUUUAAGGUCCUCUGUCCAUCUUUUUCUAUUUAUUUGAGAUUACGCUCUUUUGAUGUGUAAUAUUUUCACAUUUUCAGUGGUGCAUCUGAAUUUUUUGAUGUUGCUCUCUUUUCCGUUUUUAAAUGUCACGGUUAAGGUGCUCACUAAAGUUUGUCUUUGAUAACUAUUUUCUUCUAGCCUAUGAGGAAGAACGCACACGAGCAGAACAAGCCCAGCUAUUGAACAAAGAAUCACUUGAGAUCAAACAUAAACUUGACAAAGAGGUUCGUCAAUUGAAGUCAGAAAUAGCUUCGUUAAAGGAAAGUGGAAGUUCAGUAAACCAAGGUAAAAAUCAGCAGCUGAUACCCCACAUCUCAGAAGGAGAUGCAGAAAUAAAAAGGCUGAAGGAACUCCUGCAGAAAGAGAUAAGAAGGGGAGAUUUUGAGAAAAAGAAGGUGGAGGAGGAGAGAAAUAAAGCUGCUGAGGCAUGGAGACUUCUAAAAAUGGAAAAGAAGAAGGUGGAAGACGAAAAGAGAAUCUCGGAAAUGGAGAGGAAAAAAGCUGAAGAUUUCAGGAAUUGUUUGGAAGAAUCAAGGUCUGAAGUAAACGAAGCCAGAGAAAAAUUAAUUGCAGAGAAAUCAAAAACAGAUGCAGCAAAGAAGAAACUCGAGUUUGAGAACAAAAAAACGCAGAGAGAAAAGAAGCGUGCUGAUUCAGAGACAGCAAAGGUUGAAGAACAAAUGAGGCAAUUAGAAAUAGAGAGAAAGAAGUUGGUGGAUGAAAAGGCUAUUUCCGAUCACUUAUCCAAACAGUUACAAGAAGAGAGGCAAAAGAUAGGGAUUCUGCAGCAGAAAAUGGAAACCAUAAUAUCUACUGGGCAAGGGCUCAAGAAUUUUCUGAGCUAUGGAACAAAGAUGAUAAGAAAUCAGGAUGCUGAAACUGCAAAUGUGAAGCUUUUGAAAGAUAAAAUCAAAUUCCAGAAGAAACAGCUGAAGCAUGCUAAGAAAAUGGCCAAGCUACAUGAAGCAGAGGAACAUUUACUUCUUCAACAACUUUGUCUAUUAAAUCAGGAUCAUAUGCAAUUCUCGCAUAGGUUAGAAAUGCUUACCAGCUGCUUUCCAUAUGUCAUUGAUGGUACUGAUGGUUUGGCUAAGGUAUGCUCAGACAUUUACCUUGUUCACUGCGUAUGCUAGUGAUAUGUUUUCUUCUUUAGGCGUUCAGUUGUUUUAUUUAUUGUGAUUUUUGAGUAGUGAGUUGGUUUUCUUUAUCUACUAAGUUGUUUCGAUCCUUGGAUUUAUGGCCUUUCAAAGGUACUACUUGGCAAGUUUUUACCUUUCAUAUCCAAGUUCAUCCAAAUCAUGCUGGAAAUUUCCAGGUCAUAGCAGUGGUAAUUUGGUGUAGCACUCAUUUCAUUUCUAGAACCUCCAUAGUUUUGAAAUUCUGAAUUCUUUUGUUCAUAAUUGGGAAAGUGAUACAUUAGCACAUUGUUUUCAGAAUACAUCCAGAGUUUUAAUGCCGCUAUCUCAUAUAUUUUCUCAGAACAUCUUUUAAUGUAUGCCCUGUUAUAUGGGUACCACUUUAGUGCUUAGAUAUCUAAUAAUUGCGUUGCAAACAAAAAUGUCUUUCGAAAUUGAUGUUGAAAGAAAUUCGAAGGUAAUUGGAUACUUCGUAGCUUGUAAUCUAUGUAUCAUUCUAUAAUUUUAUGCCAGAACAUUAUUAAUCGUUUCUCUAAAGUACUAUGUACAAAACAUUACAGUCGUGACUGUUCAAUUCCGUGUCUUUUAAUAGUUUGGCGUGCAAUGCAUUUCUGAUAAAUUCGCAUUGCAGGCUGGUAAAGCUUUAAAGCAACGUGUUGUAAAACCUCAGAAGACAUUCUCCUGUGCUGAACAUGAUGUAAAUUCUCAGAUUGAGGCUGAGAAAACCAAGAAUAUUUGCACUCCAAUGGAAUAUCAUGGUACAUCUCUGCCAUGCACAUGGCAUUUUCCUCAAACAUGUGGAGGAUCUAUCAGACCAGUUUCAGGUAUUUGUUCUGAUUUGGAAUCCCCUGUGCGGGAUUCUGUCAGAGACAAGUCGCAAAGUUCUGUGAUAUGUUCCACUGAUGUAACCUUUUCUGAUACACAAUUCCUGGGAUCACAGGGAAGAAGUGCUCUUGCUGUUGCUACAUCAGCCAAGUUAGACACAAACUUGCGAGUUUCACCAUCUAUGAAUUUCACUGGGGAAGAAACUAAAAAUUCGAAUGUGGUACAACGAGGGAAAAAAGGAAGAACUUUUCCCAGAGAGAUGAAAGUUCCAAUCUCGAAAUCCAUUUCUCGUGAUAGGAAUGAACUUGCUAUCAGCGACUCCCAAUGUAUUGGAGCAAAGAGAAAGGCUAAAGACAUUUUAGAUGGUGGAGAUUGCCGUUGGGGUUUAAAAACAAAAAAUAAGAUUCGUGUGGUGGAGAACAACUUAAACCCUGAAACCAUUGUCUCUUCAUUAUCUAGAGGUGAUUUGUUUCACUCUUCAAAAGGUAGAAAGCAUCUUGCUACAGAAUUGUCUGAUGAUUCGGAUACCAGAUAUUGUGCUGAGCGACAAAAUAAUAUUUCAUGGUCUUCUGAACAGAAUGGCGUCUGCCAUGAAGGGUAUGGAUAUGAACCAGGUCAGGCAGCGACAAGUUUUAUCAAUAGAGUUGCACCGGCCGUCUUUGAUGCUUCAGAACAUGCUCAGAAGUCAAGUGCAACCAUCAGGAAAAGCCAUGCGUUGUCUUGUUUUGAUGACAUGAAUCAUGAUGAUUAUAUGAAGCUGCUUGAUUUGGAUGACGAGAUUGAGGAGAAAAGAUUUCAAGAAGCAAGGAGGAUGCUUUUAUCACCCAAUCUACCUGAAAUCAAGUCUCCCAUUUCGAAAUAUUCUGCAGAUGAGUGCCUAAAUUGUUCAAGUCAGGCAUUUGGUGGUAGCAUUGGAACUGAGAAAGAAAGAUUUGGGCCAGUAGUUAGAUUCAACCCUCACCAAGGAUCCACAUCUCAGGAUCAGUUAGAUUCUCGUUCGUUUACUGGAAAGAAAACUUCUGAAAAUGCUUCAGGGGAAGUCAACAGGGAUUCUGGACUGGUGGCCAGCUCACCACUUGGCCAGUUAAUUCUGGAUGGGGAUACCCAUGUGGAUUUCUCGACUCAGACACGUGAAGUAGCAAAUCAAUUAAGUCAAGCAUGUGUAGCUAGUCAAAUCCCUUGUUUAGGUUUUACAAAUUAUCUUACUGAAAGUGAAGCAGGAAAAGCCUGCAAUCAAGUUGUUGCUGAAGAUGCAAACAUUGAGGACAUCCUUGAAGGGAAAAUCACCGCUGAUAACGGUUAGUCUGCUUCAUAUUUUUCGUUCUUUUUAGCCUUGUUUAUAAUGUAUUGAAGAUUUUUCAUUAGUUAAGACUCUCUCAGCCCUUACUAUGUUUUUCAUUUGACAAAUUGCAGAAGAUAGUCUCUCAAGUGACAAAGGCAUUCAGAUUGAUUUUAACAGUGAAAAUAGGUCCACCAUGUUUGUGGAGAGUAUGACGCAAAAGGCUUUGCCAAAAAAUAAAGAGAUAUCAUGUCCAAAUGCAGUUGAUAGACAUAAGCAUCGUGUUUAUGACUGUGUCGUUAUUUUCUCAAAUACAAAAGAUGAACAGAUGCUUUGUAGGAUACUUCAUGCUAUGGAUACCAUUUUGCAAGGUACCUCCUGGGCUUAUGAAGAUGGAUUCUUGUUUACAAAUGUUCUUCAUGCUUUGACGCGAAAUGUGGAUAUCUCAGCCGAGUAAGUUAUCCUUUUUCUCUUCUUCGUUCUAUUUUGAUUUCAUUUAUAUCAUGUGAAAUUACAAACUAUUAUUCUUUUCUAAACCAGGGAGAAGGUUUCUGUUGUCUAUUCGUUGUUGCUGUGUAAGAUGUCUGCCUUGAUUUCUGUGGAUGGGGGAAUCUCCGUGGUUAAAGAUCUAUCACUAGCGUCACAGAUAUUUGUCGCUGAGGCUGAUAGAGGUACGCUUAGACGCUUCUCUUCAUUCUUAUUUUCCUGUUGAAUAAAACAAUCUGGAACUUGUCAUCAGGACGCGGGCUUCUUUGAGUCUGACAUUUGACAACAAUUUGCAGACCACGCGGAUAAUUCAAGUUUCCAAACUUUAUGUCCUCACUAGUUUCUAUCUUUUAGGGCAGUAUGGAUCGAUUAGCUACUCUCUACUGCUGGUUUUUCUUAUGCUAAGAUAAUUCAUUGGUGUUUAUAAGUAUAAGCCCUUGAUUCCGACUAAACAUCCCGAGCUUUUUAUAAACGUUAAAGACUUCUGCUGUUAAAACCAAGACGACAGUGUUAGAAUGAUCAAGGCUAUACACUCUCCAACGAGAAUUUUCAAUGAUGAUAGAGACUGUUAGAGACCCUUCAUGGCCAAUUUGUAAGAUCUAGAAGCAAAGAAUAAGAUGACACUACUGUAGUAUAUGACUUUAUGAAAGCUUUGAUUCCGAAGAGUAUUCCUGGUCAGUGUUGACACCAUCAGGAUACUUGUUUGGAGGGCCAUAAAGUCCCCUUUUUUGUGGAUGGCCGCUCGAUGUUCAAGUCAAGGGCAGUGGAACUGGUGAGAUAAACGUAAGAGAAAUAACAGUAUUUGCAUGUUCUAUCCACUGGAGAGUGUAAGAUGGAAAGAAUGUGUUGCAGUCUUUACUGAUCAAGUUGUAAAAUGUCUGCAUUCUUUCGCCCAUCCAAUAAACUUUUUGAGAACAUGACAGUUCAUAGUUUUCUUCUUAUCUGCUGUUGUGGGAUUGUCUUGGUUGCUGACUUUUUUUUUACUAAUUUAUGAAUUGAUCUUGAAAUUUUUCUUAUUACUCUUAUUCAUUUUUCUUAUUGCAGUGAUAUCCGAUGCAGAUACAAGAUCCGUAUUUCUCAAAACAUGCCAGUUGGACAUUUUUUUCAGGCUGAUCCAAGAUUUCCUUGUUACCAGAAAACUUAUGGUGUGCGAAGAUUGUUUACUAAAACCAUCAGAUAUCUGCACUCCUGAUGGUGUCUGCCAUUUUAAUGAUGGAAACAAGGCCUGGAUCUUGAAAACUGCCACAACCUGCCAGUUGGUCGCUGGAAGUGUGGUCUUAGCCUCCAUGAGUGUCGUGCUCAGUUGUAUUGACAUUCUCUGGCAUACCUCGUACCAACUUAUUCGUCUGUGUAUGACUGAUUCUCAUUGGAUUCUUACUGCAGUGCAUGUUUUUGCAUCUAUAUCUGGGCCGAAAUUCUUUUCUUCUCCGAGCAGCAAUUUCAUUAGUAGUGUGGUAAAAGUAAUCGUUCACCUCCUAGAGAGCGGGUUGGAAUUUAGUGCUGUAACACUGAACGCAGACCGGGGCCCAAGGUUUUCCCCUUGUAUGGAAUGCCCAUUUGCUGAAGGUGAAGUCUGUCUGGACAAGGUCACAUCUUUGCUGCUGGAAGAGCUCCAAGAUUGUGCCGCAUGCAGAGCAAAACCUUUGGAUCCCAAGACUUCUGACAUUUCUUCAUCUGAUGAACUUGUAGCAUGCACAAACAGAACGAACCCACAUGACGAAAAUAAAGCUCGGCUUGACGGUGCUGCAGAGUGUGAUCAUGCUUGCUCUUUGCAGAAUCUAGCUCACCAGCUGGACAACAAUGCCGAUACCAAACUUUGUCAUUUUACUGAUAUACUCUCUUUGCUGGAGCUGAUUGGGCACUACAUGGUGUGCACUUUGACUUGCUAUAUAUCUGUUUCAUAUAAUGCUCAGCCUGGUUAUUUUCUCCUGCUUCACUUGCAUACAUCCAUGCGUAGUGGUUUUAGGAAUGUAUCUGGGGACAUUAUCCGUUUUCUGAGCGCAGAUUAUCAAUGAAGACUAAUUUUUACUCAUGAUUUCCUGCAAUUUAUCAUACAAGGAUGUUAGAUUGCUGAGUAUUUUAUUCAUUUAACACACAACUUCUCAUCUAAACAAGCUUUUGAAAAACUUUUCCUGUUGAAUUAUCGUAGAUAUAAAUCAGUAAAGAUAACAUGAAUAGAUUAAUGGGUCAGUUUUCUUUACCUAGUUUCUUCGAUUACAAGUCUUUUCAUUACGGUUAUUUACCCCACUGCUGGCUUCUAAUUGGGGCUUUCAUCAUUUUCUGUUCUCAGGGGUGGCAGUGGCUGCGCAGGAGAGUCAUUCCCCAGCUGUUCAGACUCUCGGAAUCAUGCACCUCUUUCGAAUUCUCUGUCCCUCUUCUCAUAUUAAUUGGGCAGUUCAUCAGGUAAAGUCGUGUAUAAUCGAGACUUUGAUGCUUCCAUGCAGCUUAUCACUCUUGUUUACUUUGCUUUGCGGUGAACUCCUGCUGUGCUGUGAGGCAACAUUCAGUUUUCCUCUUGGCAGAGUGAAAUAUGCUCAAGGAAAGAGGGGGGGGGGGGGUUGUCUUUGGUGGGUAGUAGAAGUGCUGCACUAGUUCCCUUUUCGUACAUCAUGUCUGAUGCCUGGGUCAAGAUAUCGAUUAAUACAUGGCCUAAACUAGUUGUGUCUUCUGGGAUUCUCCACUGCGAAUCACCAUUCUUGGAUUUGAUGAUACUAACUCAAAAUGGUAGGUGCCUCUGCCAGCCGAUCGACUGAUUAUUAGCUGAUCCACUAUGAAUCAGUCUUCUCAGAGGAUUUCAGGUUUGAUUCGAACACAAAAUCAGCUGAACCUGCUAUCUUCUUGGUAUCGUUCCUCCCAUCGUAUCAUCUGAUUAUGGGCAGACCCCCACACUAAAUCAAUAUCUUCAGUUGACUCCACUGGAUCCCCUCCCAGAAAUCAUCUGGACCCUCCAUCUUCUUGCUAUUUCCUGUUCUAUGAGCUUCAUGGUUAUCACCUUUUACGCACUUUCUCAGAAUUUUGUUGUUGGCUCCUCUCUCUUCCUUUCUCAGGAUUGGCGUGGAGGUCAACGCUUGUGAAGAGGAGGAAUCCGAGGGCCUGAUGUCCAGUCUAUCAGAGUUUCUAGACGGGGAUGGAAAAGGGAAAAUCGGCAGCCUGCCCAUCCAAUUCGCCGCCGUCAAGGCUCUGCUCGGCCUCCUCCCUUUGGAUUUCCGAGAGAUCAUCCUCAGCAGGGGCUCGUUUGAUGUCGCAUUGAGAGGCAGCCAUGCUGCCUGUGCAGAGCUCGUAAGGAGAUGGUUUUCCCAGCUGGGCGAGGAUCAGAUUUCUGCGGCCAUUGGAUUUUUUGAAGAACUCGGUUAG